UUACUAGUACAACAGGAAAUAGCUGGAGCCUGUUAGCAGUGAGUUCUGUCUCACUUGAUCAAUACAGAAACGAGACUGCUGCUUUAACAACAUACACCUUUUCUUUAAAAAGCAAGAGGCACACGAAUCGGAUUACAGUAAAGUUGUUGAGGAUUGGUGCUGUACUAAUCCAAGUUCGCUGGAGAGAGGCUGUCAUCCAAGUUUGCGAUUCUUUUCUGAAAAAAAAUACUGCGAGCCCAGAUGCUCUUUGGAUCCACUGAAUCAAGAUAUUUUGCCUUGGGUUGUUAACAGUUCAGCGUUGCUUCAGUUCUAGCCUGCUGUGAGACUUGGGGAGAGAUUUGGAUUUAUAUGCUCCACUCAUCACUUUGUGUCUAAGAGUACAGUAGUGCAACUGUUCUUCGCAGAAGAACUGCACUUUUGUACAGAUCUAUCUCUCUCUCCCUUUUCCACUCUCAAACAAUCUCUCCCCAGAAUUAUGGCUUCUGCAGUCCCAUAGCAUGGAUGGUGAGGUCGAUAUUUACAAACACCUCACUUGGCUGAAGAGGGGCAAUCAUCGUGCAGCUGUGAAUAAUGAAACCUGCCAAGAGCGACUGACACGAUUGGAGAGUGACAGGGAGUGCCUGGUGCUACAGGUGAGUGUGCUAACAGAUCAGGUGGAGGCCCAAGGGGAGAAGAUCAGAGACCUGGAGGCUUGUCUGGAGGAACAUCAGCUAAAACUCAGCUCAACUGAAGAGAUGCUACAGCAGGAGCUGCUAAGCAGGACAGCACUGGAGAGCCAGAAACUGGAUCUAAUGGCUGAGGUUUCAAGCCUGAAAAUUAAGCUGGCUGGAUUAGAGAAGGACCACCGGGAAUGUGAUGAGUUGCAGAAAAGUGAGAACUUGCUUGGGGAAUUACGAAGCCUGCAAUCUAAAGUGGAAGAGCUAGAGGAUGAAAAGAUUCAGUAUGAACACAAGUUGGCAGCCACAAAGGCUGAAAUAGAAGAUCUGAAGGAACAGUUGACCAUAAAAGAUAUUGAAAUUGAGCGAUUACAGAGCCAGCUUUCCUCCAGAGCUUCUGUACAGAGUGAUGGGUCUGACAGAGAGGACAUGUAUAGGAGAAGGCUCAAGGAAAAACACCAAGAAGUGCAAAGGUUAAAGAUCGGAUUGGAUUCUUUGCUGGCCUCAAAUGAAGAAAAGGACCUUCGGAUAGAAGAGUUGAGUCGCCUGUUGGCCCAGUGUAAAAUGAUGAAGCAGAUGAUAAUGACUCAAGGGUCUUCUGAAAGGAUAUUAAUGGGGAGCAGUGAGGAAGAGUUAAGUGGCUGUUCAACAAAUGCUACUCCUACUAAAGUGGCUCACUCAGAAGUAAUGAGACCGGAGGUCUCGCCCAAUAUCUCCUCAUCUCCAGUAGAACCUCACCUGACACCAGUUGAGUUUGAAAUGAGGAUACAACCGCGACAGACCUCAGCCAGCUUAGAUGAGCUGAACACUGGACAAACUGAGAAGCUGUCAGUCUUGGAAAAAGAAGAGCCUGCACAUUCUGAGAACAAGCCGUAUCCGAGUAACAGCAAAUACCAGACCCUUCCAGGGAAACUUCCACAGUCUAAUCACCAGGACAACUCUGAACAGUUCCCACUGAAGCAGAAAGUGACUACUAUCCCAAACACUCCAUCUAUGAGCCCGGUAGAGUUGGAAAACACCUCCUUCAACCUGAAUCGCAACAGGAGCGCCAGUGCUCCAACUUUAGGAGAGACUGAGAGAAGUGUUGACUCCACUUUUAGUUCGCCCAACCUUUCACCUCUGUCCUCAACCACUGAAACGGAUCAAUUUCCUUCAAUUUCCACGGAGAACAAAAAGAGUAGCAAAGGGCUCAAGAAAUUCCUGGGAAGAAUUAGAAGAACCAAUUCAUCUUCGCUUCAAGAUGAAGACGAGGGCACUUUGGAAUUCCGAAGAGGUGGCUUACGAGCAACAGCAGGACCCUGUUUGACAAGGUCUAAAGAGUUGUCAAGCCCAAGGAUAGAUCCGAGUGCACCUUUCUUUCAAUGGACGACCGAACAGGUUUGCACUUGGCUACAGGAUGGUGGGCUUGGUCAGUAUGUGGCUUUGGCCAGGCAAUGGAUUACGUCUGGGCAGACGCUGUUAUCGGCAACACCUCAGGACCUAGAGAAGGAGCUUGGUAUUAAGCAUCCGCUGCACAGGAAGAAAAUCCAAGUGCUGCAGAAGUCUGUCAGUAAUGGACAGAAUGACAGCGCAGGGAAGUUGGACCAUAUCUGGGUCACACGGUGGCUUGAUGACAUCGGCUUACCUCAAUACAAAGAUCAAUUCAAUGAAGCCAGGGUGGAUGGGAGAGUCCUCCAGUACUUGACUGUGAAUGACCUUCUGUUUCUAAAAGUUACCAGUCAGCUGCAUCACCUUAGUAUUAAGUGUGCCAUUCAUGUACUACUUGCCAAUAAGUUCCAUCCUAAUUGCCUUCGACGAAGGCCUUCUGAUGAGAAUCACACCUCUCCAUCUGAUGUGGUCCAGUGGUCAAAUCAUCGGGUGAUGGAAUGGCUGAGGUCAGUGGAUCUCGCAGAAUAUGCACCAAACCUUCGAGGGAGUGGUGUACACGGUGGUCUUGUUAUAUUAGAGCCACGCUUUAACUCUGAAACAAUGGCUUUGCUCCUCAACAUCCCACCACAGAAGACGUUGCUUCGGCGACACCUGACCACACACUUCAACCUAUUGAUUGGCCCAGAAGCUCAACAUGAGAAGAGAGAGUUAAUCGAAUCAAGUAGUUACACGCCCCUGAACACUACAGCGAAAGUGAGGCCAAAGAAGCUCGGCUUUUCUCAUUUUGGAAAUCUCAGGAAGAAGAAGCUUGAUGAGUCAAGUGAUUACCUUUGUCCUCCAGGCAUUGUUCAUCCAGCAACCAAUGGUUCCCAGAGGAACUGUACAGGACACAAAGCAAAGAAGGUUGUGGCAGACAGGGAAUUGAACAGCCUGGAGCAGGUGGGGAAUCUGAAGUGUUAAUCUGCCUCAGCAGGAGAUCCUAGGAAACCAAGAUUUUAAAAAGAUACCAUUUGGUAACCUCAAGACAGUGAAGCACUGGGCAUGACAUCAUUCGCUAACGUACUAACAUGAUUCUGGAGGAAUCUUCCAGAAAACUCAAGCCAAAGUUACGAUUUAACCAUCAAGCAACAGUUUGCUUGUGGAUCAAUAACAAUGUGGUUUCUUACUAUAACCCAGCAUUUUCACAUUAACUCUUUAAGUGAAGAGAAUUGUGUGUUUCACUAAAACCAUUCUACUUGUACAGAAUCAAUGGAAAUAUAUAUUUUGGCAUGAGAAAUCGUAUAGAUAUAUUUCAUAUGUAAUUCUAGAAGGUUAAAUUCUGUAUAAAAUGUGUUUUAAUAUUUACACACAAUGUAUGUAUUUUAUAUUUAUAAUUUUGAGAGGAAAUUAUGUUACGUGACCACAUAGUACUUGACACUAAAUGACGUCUGAUGAGACGGGGCCAUUCUGUGCCUUAAUUAUCAGAGAUUUCCUCAGCCCCACUCUGUGUAGCUUUUGACAACAUUGCAACUGCAUAAUGUCAGUUCCAAGGUAAUUCCUGGAAAUUUUGAAUCCAAUGCCAAAAGACAGUCUGUAGAGAGUGUCAUCCCAAGUGGAGAUCUGAUGGAAUGACCCCAUCUAUGGGGAUCUACCAGGGCAAAUGAAAUAAUCUGUGAUACUUCAGAAUGAAUAGAUCAGAAAUCUACACACAUCAAGCCUGUAGAAUCCUAAUGAAUACAGGAGAGCAACAUCUGUAAAUACAGCUGUUCCCCAGGCUACGGACAAAGAAACCAUUAACAUUUCCCCUUUGGGUGCUGAGUGGUUUGAUAGUGUUCACUUAUGGUGUCCUCUUGAUCCAAGAUAUUUCUCAUUUUCUUAACCUGCUGUAAUAUUGUUAAAAUUUUCUAUUGAAUCUCCCAGUUUUACAGUUAGAAGUUUGCACAGAAAACAAUUUGAUCUUUAAAGGGAGAUGUAUUUGUCCUUAUUCACAAGUCAAUGUAAUCUCUAUCCCUGUGAUAGAAUUGUCACUUUAUAGCUGCCACACGCUUACGUUCUGCAAAUUGCAAAUAUAGUGCUGCAAGUUCAGAUGUGAUCAAAGUUAAUGUGGGAGAACCGCAUGGAACGCACUAAAUUCUGGCUAUUCCCACCACGUGGUCCUGUGAUGCGACUUUCCCUUAGAAUCAUACAAUACAGGAACGACCCUUCAGCCCGACUGGUUCUGUCUGAUUUUUAUUUUUAAAUUACACUUCUGUUCCUGACACAUGAUAUUUAUCCAGAACUGUAAUGAGUACUUUCACUCCUGCUGCAAACUUUGCAACAAAGUCAUGAUGUAAAUCACAAAUGAUUGCAUUUUGGCUCCAGAGUGUUAUAUCUGAGGUUUGUACUCCAUCAGUGCCAUUUGCCAAAAAUAGAUCUAAACAAGUCUGGUAAAUGCCAGGUUUUUCUUAUUUGUUUGUAGGAUUUUCUGCCAAUUUUGAGUUAUAGUGGAGUCAAUGUAACAUUCCAUCUCUGAAACAUCAGAAUAGCGUUAUCACUGCAAUAAUCUAUGGCUCUGUACAAUGUAAUUAUGAACUUUGUUGUAUUGCAGAGGAGUGUGGGAGAUGAGAAAGAACCAAAUAUUGGGGUGGCAGUUUGUGGAACAGAGUGAAGCAGGAAACAAACAUAUUAAAAGAUUAAUUGCAGUUUAAAUAAAUCCAUUGAACUAGAUUUUUUAAGACACCUCAAAUCUGGAGGCUAAAUUGUUGCUCUUAUGCCCAACCAUUGCAAUAUGACCCUUGAGAACGAGGUGACCCCAUUUAACUUAAAUUUGAGGGUCCUUAAGGUUUGGGAAAGGUGCUGCAGAUAAUUACAAAAAUAUCAGAAACUUGAGAUAUGUGCAAAUUAGGAUGAAUAUGAUUUAAUUUUGACUAUUUGAACUCCACAGUUCCCUACUCUCUCUCUCUCACUAUCCAGACCAGAAAGGGUAAAAGCAAAACUUAAAAUCUUCACAAAAUGAGUUUCAUAUGCAGGUUGACACCCAUUUAAAACACAGCUGUUUUUAAAGAAUAGUUAUUUCCCUAAUUGACACAUUUAUUAAAAAUUGUUGUCAUGUUUAUAUCUUUUUCAAUGGCAUUGAUAAUAGUUUGAGUUAUUUUUAAAAAUUCACUUCGAUAAUCCCUGAUUUUAAGGACUAUAUAAAAUGUUCUGAUUUUGUUUUUACAAAAUUAUGAAUAAAGAGAUUCUUCUUGGUAAGUUAUGCUCUGUUUCAUUUUAUACAGCGGAUGAGGUAAGAGGGGUGUUUGGAAAUAAGAGGUCAUCUCAGUAAGUGCAUGAAUAGAAGAUUAUGCAGAUAAGGGUGAGACAAAGAGAAAGGGAAGGAAUUUCAUGAGAAGUAUUAACACUGGUAUAGACCAAGAGAAGCAAUCUCCUUCCAUUUUCUGUAAUGCCUGUUACUUA